AUGCAAGUUAAAAAUAAAGUAAAAUUAAAAGAUAAAAACGUUGCUGUCACUUUAAUACCCGAAGAUUCAGAAGAUUUAUGGUACUUAUACAAUUUAAUAAAAAAGGGAGAUACAGUACAAUUAUUAACUCAUCGUAAUGUUAAAAAGGGUAAUCAAAAUCAAAUAACUAAAGGAAAAUCCAAAAUGGAGAAAAUUUUAGUAAAAUUAAGAUUAUUAGUAGAAGAUAUUGAUUAUAUAGCUAGUGAUUUAACAAUGAGAAUUAAUGGGAAAUCAUUAUUACAACAAGAAUUUAUACCAUUAAAUAGUUAUCAUACAGCAGAAAUUGAAUUAAAUAAAGAAGUAAGUAUAGUUAAAUCAAGUUGGGAUGAAUAUGAUAUGACAUUACUAGAUGAAUUAUGUUCAAUUGAGAAAAAAGCUGAUAUAGGAGCAGUUAUAUUUCAGGAGGGAGUAGCUCAUUUAUGUUAUGUUACUGAACAAAUGACAGUAUUACAAUCUAAAAUUGAAAAAUCAAUACCGAGAAAAAAUAAAGACUAUGGAACAAAAGAACUAGAUAAAGCAUUAAAUUCAUUUUAUAAUAUGAUAAUCCAAGGAAUUAUUCGACAUUUUGAUUUCAAUAAAUUAAAAGUUAUUAUAUUAGCAUCACCUGGAUUUUUAGCUAAAACUUUAUAUGAAAAAUUAAUUCAAGAAUGUACAAAUAUGCAAAAUUCAUCAUCAACUAAAGAUACAAAGGUUUUCCAAUCAAUAUUAAAUAAUAAAAACAAAAUAUUAGUAACUCAUUCAUCAACUGGUUAUUUACAAGGAUUAGAAGAAAUACUAAAAGAUCAACAACUGUCUAAAAAAUUAGCAGAUACAAAAUUCUUAGAAGAAAGUCAAGCAUUAACUAAAUUUCAAAAAGCUCUUAAUGAUGAUGAUGAUAGAGCAUGGUAUGGUAAAGAAGAAAUCAUAAAGGCAUUAAAUAUGGAUGCUAUAAGAUAUUUAAUGAUAUCUGAUGAAUUAUUUAGAUCAGAUGAUAUUGAAACUAGAAGAGAAUAUAUUAAUCUUGUAGAACAAGCUAAAAAUAUGGGUUCAAAAGUUUAUAUUUUUUCAAGUUUACAUGAACUGGGUAUACAAUUAAAUCAAUUAACUGGUAUUGCUGCUUUAUUAAAAUAUCCAGUACCUGAUUUAGAUGAUUCUGAUGAAGAAUAA